UUUAUUUAUGACGAAAAAGUUUCCUGGUGGGAGUCUUUAGUCUUAGUGCUGAUGUAUGCCAUCUACAUCAUUAUCAUGAAGUACAACUCAACCAUACAUCACUGCUUCGAAAGGAAGACAAAAAACUCUGCAAAUAUGGUGAAUGGUUUAGCAAAUAACACGGAAAUGGAUGAUAACAGCAACUGCGAUGCCACAGUGGUAUUACUAAAGAAAGGAAAUUUCCACCGUAAAGCCUCAGUGAUCAUGGUGGAUGAGCUGCUGUCUGCCUACCCACACCAGCUUUCAUUUUCUGAGGCUGGGCUCCGGAUCAUGAUAACCAGCCACUUCCCUCCCAAAACACGUCUCUCCAUGGCCAGCCGCAUGUUAAUCAAUGAGAGGCAAAGGCUGAUCAACAGCAGGACUUACACCAAUGGUGAGUCAGAAGUAGCAAUCAAAAUACCAAUCAAGCACGUGGUUGAGAAUGGAACAGGCCCCAGCAACUCUGCUGAGCGGGGCGUGAACGGCACACGGCGGGAUGAAGACAUGGCUGAGGCUGGGAAUGAGACAGAGAAUGAGAAUGAGGAUAACGAGAACAAUGAAAACGAUGAGGAAGAGGAAGAAGACGAUGACGAUGAUGACCAUGAAGGGCCAUACACACCUUUUGACCUACCCGCUGGCAAGACAGAAAUCUUGAAGUGGCUCUUCACGUGGCCAUUGAGUUUUGUCCUGUACUUCACAGUGCCCAACUGUAACAAACCCCACUUGGAAAAAUGGUUCAUGGUUACCUUUGUUUCUUCUACCCUCUGGAUCGCAGCUUUCUCCUACAUGAUGGUGUGGAUGGUGACAAUCAUUGGUUACACACUGGGAAUUCCAGAUGUGAUCAUGGGCAUCACUUUCUUGGCAGCUGGAACCAGCGUGCCGGACUGCAUGGCAAGCCUUAUCGUAGUAAGGCAAGGUAUGGGGGAUAUGGCUGUGUCCAACUCCAUCGGAAGCAAUGUUUUCGAUAUUUUGAUUGGCCUAGGCCUCCCGUGGGCUUUGCAGACCCUAGCAGUGAAUUAUGGAUCAUAUAUUCGGUUAAACAGCAGAGGACUUAUCUAUUCUGUUGGUCUCCUGCUGGCAUCUGUUUUUGUCACAGUUUUUGGCGUCCACAUGAACAAAUGGAAACUGGAUAAGAAGCUAGGGUGUGUGUGCCUUUCCCUUUACGGCAUCUUCCUGUGUCUCUCCAUCAUGACAGAAUUCAAUGUUUUCACUUUUGUGAACUUGCCAAUGUGCAGAGAUCACUAA